AUGGCGGCUAGCAACCGUCAAUCCCCCGAAGAUGUGGGAAUGGCCGACGCCCCAGAGAAGCCACCCGCCACGUCUGAAGAGCGCGAAAAGUUCAUGGAGCAAAAGUUCGCCAGCGUGCUGCGCCAAGAGAAGCGCACGCUCCGGAGCUUCUACGAUGCCCAGGAAAAGGGCGCCGCAAAGUGGCUCGUCAACAGAGGUGUCCAGGUUGUCUCGGCCUCCUGGUUCGAGUGGGAGGUUCACGUGAAGGUCUGGGCCAAACUUUCCGCUACAGGACCGAAACAGACCCAGCAGACCGACGUCGGAGAGUUUCCAUGGAUAUACGAAGAGCCCAGCAUGGCUCCCGACGGCCCGACCGACGCCUCCCAGUUGUUCGCCGAACUCAGACUCGCAAUCAUCAGAGAGAACAGCCUGCCAGCCCUCACCCGCAUCGAGAAGCGUCUUCCGUUGAUGAACGAAGAGCCGGAGAUGGCGCGCAACUUCAGGGGCGGAAUGGACCUCGCACUCCGCCAGGUUAUUUGGGACGAUGUCUUCCUCGGCGAGCCUUGUGUGCCUGGCCAUCCAUUCGAGGUAGUCAUCCCCUUCGCCGAGAAGCUCCGCACGCAUGGAGUCCUCGAUGCCGACGAGCUGCGAAAGCACCUCCCCGCCGCCGUUCACGGCCGAAUCAUCCGUCGCCUCAAUCCCAGCGGACACUACGUCUCAGUCAUCGUCUUCGGCCUCGCGCCCAACGCCUUCGAUAACCCGAUGAAUCGCAUGAACCUGGCUCUGAGCUACAACAUGGCGCUCAACUGGGCCAGGAAGAUCGUCGUCACCGGCACCAGCUGCCCUGUUUCCGACGCCUUCAAGAACUUCAUGAUCAGGCCCGUCCAGAAGGAAGGUGAAGGUGCUUCGCAGGUUGUUGGUCUAGCGGAGCAAAGGAACCAUGCCGCUUACCGCGUGGGCCACUGGCUGCAGCAGCAAAUCGCCCUCACCCCAGUCCAGGAUCGCUACAAGCUUUUGCAAAAGUGGUGCCAGCAGAAGCACACCAAUCUCGAGAACCUCACGCCGGUUGAGCUGAGAGAUGCCUGCCGCCUUGCUUGGGAGAAGAAGAUCUCGGAGUGGAUGACGGAGCGGGAGAUCACCAGCUGGUCAUGGAACAUGGAAACCUUCUACGCAAGACAGAUUGCAGCCGUCGACUGCUAA